UGGAACUACUUUCACGGCUCAGAACUGCCAUAUAUCUUAGUUAUACUACUCCUGACAUUCAUUCCGAUCGUUGUCGCACUCUUGGGAUACGGAGUCAUAAAACUGCAGAAUAGAAGGCGAAGGAAAUUGAAGGCAAAGCAAGAGAUGACAAACAGCAAGAAUUACGACAAAUUAUAUGUGAGGGAAUGGUUGCAUCAAAACCACAAACGCUAUGUGAAAAUAGGUCCCGAAGAGUCGAUCUCAACAAUCAAUAGAAAGGGAGAGAUUUUAAGACAUAUCAACUUCAAAGACGCCAACUCUCUGAUGGUUGAAGUGACACAAGACUCUCACAAACCGAUGGUUUUGAUCCGAUCGCCUCGCGAUCACGAUUUGGUGCUCCAGUUUGAUAACAUCGGAUCACGAAAGAAGUUUUUGGCAAAAUUGGAGGCAUUUCUGUUGAACUACAAGAAGACACUGGAAAUAAUCCACACCUAUAAGGAUGUAAUGCUGGCCAACGCCGAGACUAAAGAGAAGCGACAAAAACGUUUGGAGCACUUCUUCCGAGAGGCCUAUGCGUUGACUUUCGGUCUGAAACCGGGAGAGAAACGCAAACUGGAAGACGUGAGUAAUGAUGUAAUUAUGGUUAUGAGGACUUCGCUGUCCAAGAAGGAGUUCGCCGAAGCGCUGGGAAUGAAACCGGACUCACUGUUUGUCAAACAAAUGUUCAAUUGUGUCGACAAAGACAAAGACGGAAGAAUCAGUUUCCAAGAGUUUUUGGAUACUGUGGUCUUGUUUUCGAGGGGAAAGACUGAGGAUAAGCUAAGGAUUAUAUUUGAUAUGUGCGACAACGAUGGCAAUGGAGUGAUCGAUAAGCUAGAACUGACCAAAAUGUUGAGAUCACUCGUGGAUAUCGCCAAAACUGAUUCGAUGGCCGAGGAGGAGGUGAUGGAACUGAUUGAGGGUAUGUUUGCGGCCACCGGUCUCGACAAUAAGGAAGAGCUCACUUACGAUGACUUCAAGCUAAUGAUGAGAGAAUACAGGGGAGACUUCAUAGCCAUUGGACUCGACUGUAAGGGCGCUAAACAAAACUUUUUGGACACCUCGACAAACAUCGCGCGAAUGACCAGUUUUCAGAUCAACCAAUUGCCUGACACUGAACCUAAUUACUUGAUUCGCAAAUGGAAUUUCUGGAUCACUUAUCUUGAGGAAUAUCGGCAACACAUUGUCUACUUAUUGAUAUUCUUUGUCAUAACCACUGUCUUAUUCUUUGAACGGUUUGUCAGUUAUACUUAUUUGAGUGAACACAUGGAUCUGCGACAUGUCAUGGGUUAUGGCAUAGCUGUCACCCGUGGAUCAGCCGCUUCUCUAUCAUUCUGCUAUUCAUUAUUGUUGUUAACGAUGUGUCGGAAUUUGAUCACAAAGAUCAGGGAAAUCCCAUUACAUCAGUACAUACCACUCGACUCUCACGUGCAGUUCCACAAAAUCGUUGCCAUGACUGCCCUGGUCUUCACGAUCAUUCAUACGGUGGGGCAUUGUAUCAACUUUUAUCACGUGUCCACUCAACCCAUUGAACACUUGCGGUGUUUGACGAAAGAACUGAACUUCGAGUCCGACUCGAAGCCCACGUUCUCCUUCUGGAUCUUCGGGACAGUGACCGGUCUGUCAGGGAUUGUCCUCUUUGUCAUCGUUUGUGUCAUCUUUAUCUUCGCUCACCCGAAGAUCAGACAAAAAGCUUACAGUUAUUUCUGGAUAACCCAUAGUCUCUAUUACUGGCUCUUUAUAUUCAGUUUAAUCCAUGGAUUGGCAAAACUCACCGGAACGCCCAGGUUUUGGAUAUUCUUUAUAAUACCUGCCAUUAUAUUCGCUUUCGACAAAAUAGUUAGCCUUCAAGCAAAGUAUAUGGAACUGGAUGUCCUCGACUCUGAGCUUUUGCCUUCCGAUGUAACAAAAGUUAAGUUUUCUCGUCCGCCGAGCUUUAAAUACCUGUCCGGACAGUGGAUACGGUUGUGUUGUACGGCCUUUAAAUCGAGUGAAUUUCAUUCGUUGACUUUAACGUCAGCCCCGCACGAGAACUACCUGUCGGUGCACGUGAAGGCACAGGGACCCUGG